CUCUGAGAUCUAUACGCCAAGCCCGUGAUUUCAUCUCCACCACUCGCGGUCCUGCCUUGAACCAAAAGUUCUGAAAUUUCGUCUUUUAACUGUUUUGUACCAUUUGCCCUCGAAAUCACGCGCCACGCAGCCGCCCCCAGCUUCACAUUGAGUUCCAUGAGUUCAGUUUAGAAAGGACAAUAACGUCCUAUUCGGGUUUCUCCUCGGUCCCUCCCUCUUCCCCGCCAACACGCUGCCCCUGUCGCCCGGAGGCAGCCCGUAUCCCCUCUAAAGAGCCCACAGCCGCUGGCGACCACUUCUUCAGCUGUCCGAAACUCUCCGCCCGAAAUCAUAUCACACUUUCUGCAUCUCUAACGAACGACCUCUGCCUGUCUCAUUCUGAGCCCGAGGCGGAACGCGGCGCCGCGGCGCCAGCUUGGAUAACUUGGUUCAGCGAGUGAAAGUGGCUGUUUUAAGAUGCCCUGGAAAGCGCCGCUCGCCUCAGAUACCCAGGUAUUUUUCCGGAGUCAGCCUGCGUGCAUUAAGUGAGCCUGUCCGCUGUCCACGCCAUGGAUCCGAUGCUUAAGGCUGUUUUCUUCCUGUAUAUGGCUGAGUUUGCCUUUGCCAAGGAACCCAUCCAACCGACUGUCAACAUCGCUGUUAUACUCGGAGGCUCUUGGUACCACAUGGAAUUCACAGGUCGCUUCAAUGCAGACAUCUUCCAAGACCUGCCCAUACAAAUCAACACUGUCACACUAAUAAUGAACAAUACUAAUCCCAGUAGUCUGAUCUCAAACAUCUGCGAGCUGUUACCCAGAUCCAGGAUCCACGCCAUCAUCUUCGAGGACGUUAUUGAAUCUGAGGCUGUGGCAUUGAUUCUGGACUUCAUCUCUGCACACGUUUCAGUUCCCGUCAUCGGAAUGAACAGAGGCUCCACUCUUGUGCUGAAUCCAAAGGCCCAUCGCUCUGCAUUUCUCCAGCUGGGGGCUUCUGUGGAACAUCAAAUCAGGGUGAUAUUCAAAGUGAUGGAAGAGUAUGACUGGGGGAGCUUUGCCAUCAUCACCAGCUUCUUCCCUGGAUAUCUGGAGUUUCUGGACCAUAUCAGGCUUCAUGUUGACACCAGCUAUUUUGAAUGGGAAGUUGUACAGACUCUUACACUGGAAAUGACACGAGAUGGCAACGACUCGAAAACAAAGCGGCUUCUCCAGCAGAUCGAUGCACAAGUUCUGAUUCUGUACUGCUCUCGACAGGAGGCAGAGUACCUUUUUGAAAUGGCUGACCAGGCAGACCUCUUAGGCCCAAGCCAUGUCUGGAUACUUACCAGUAUUGCAGUUGGCAACCCAGAACAGGUGGCAAAGCAAUUCCCUGCAGGCUUGAUCAGUGUAAUGACAGAGCGGUGGAAGAUGAGCAUACGCGAAAGAGUGCUGGAUGGAAUGGCAAUCAUUGCAAAGAGUGCAGAGAACCUUUUCAAAACAUAUGGAUAUAUUCCUGAAGCAAGAGCUGAUUGCAUGAAUCCGGUUCAAGGGGGCAUGGAGAGCAUAUUGUACAGGCACAUGUUGAAUGUUAGCUGGGGAAGUAAAGAAUUCUCUUUCAAUGAGGAUGGAUAUUUGGUGAGACCACCGAUGGUUAUAUUGAAGUUGAACAAUGGCAGGUUUUGGGAGCAGGUUGGGAGAUGGAGAAAUGGCCUGAUAAGAAUGAAAUAUCCAGUGUGGCCAAGAUACACAGCACUCCAGGAGCCUGUUCUUGACAGUGAUCAUCUAACUGUUGCCACGUUAGAGGAAAGACCAUUUGUGAUUGUAGAGGAAGUGGAUUCUGAAAAUGGAGCGUGUGUGCGGAACACAGUACCCUGCAGGAAGCAAGUAAACCUCAGUGACAGCAUUGCUGAUGGAUACACCAAGUUGUGUUGUAAAGGAUUCUGCAUUGACAUACUAAAGAAACUCGCCAAAACAGUGAAGUUUUCCUAUGACCUAUACCUUGUGACCAAUGGAAAGCAUGGAAAGUUUGUGCAAGGGACGUGGAACGGAAUGAUUGGCGAGGAAGUGCAGGGUCGACGGCUCAUGAUGGGUGUGGCUCCUAGGUCAGAAAGAGAGGUGUUCUACCAGAGGGCAGACAUGGCCAUCGGCUCACUGACGAUAAAUGAGGAACGCUCCGCAAUCGUGAGCUUUUCUGUCCCCUUUGUGGAGACUGGCAUUAGUGUGAUGGUUGCCAGGAGCAACGGGACAGUCUCCCCAUCAGCUUUCCUCGAGCCCUACAGUCCGGCUGUGUGGAUGAUGAUGUUUGUGAUGUGCCUGAUGGUAGUUGCUCUCACUGUCUGUGUUUUCGAGUACUACAGCCCUGUCGGAUAUAACCAAAACCUCCAGAGCGGCAAGAUUACAGGGGGUCCAACAUUUACCAUAGGCAAAUCGGUGUGGCUUCUCUGGGCACUGGUCUUCAACAACUCUGUCCCCAUUGAAAAUCCCAAAGGUACAACCAGCAAAAUAAUGGUCUUAAUCUGGGCCUUCUUCGCUGUCAUCUUCCUGGCAAGUUACACCGCAAACCUGGCAGCAUUCAUGAUCCAGGAGCAAUUCAUUGACACAGUCUCAGGUCUCAGUGACAGAAAGUUUCAGAAACCUCAGGAUCAAUACCCGGCAUUCCGAUUUGGCACAGUUCCCAAUGGCAGCACAGAGCGGAACAUCAAAAACAACUACCCGGAUAUGCACUCCUACAUGACCAGAUACAACCAACGUUCAGUGGAGGGUGCUCUGGCGAACCUGAAAUCAGGGAAGCUUGAUGCAUUUAUUUACGAUGCAGCUGUUCUCAACUACAUGGCUGGGAAGGAUGAAGGCUGCAAGCUUGUUACCAUUGGAAGUGGAAAGGUAUUUGCCACAACUGGUUACGGGAUUGCUCUGCAAAAGAAUUCCAGAUGGAAGCGAGCCAUUGACUUGGCCCUUUUACAGUUCCUGGGUGACGGAGAUAUACGCAAGUUACACACUGUCUGGCUAACAGGGAUCUGUGAGAAGGAGAAGAACGAGGCGAUGAGCAGCAAACUGGAUAUCGAUAACAUGGCCGGUGUGUUCUAUAUGCUGCUGGUGGCCAUGGGCCUCAGCCUGCUCGUCUUUGCCUGGGAGCAUUUGGUGUACUGGAAGCUGAGGCACCAUGUGAAAGAAGCUAGCAAAACUGACUGUCUGCUGGCUGUCAGCAGGGGAGUUUACAGCUGUUUCAGUGGUGUCCAGGUGGUCCCCAGCCCACUCCACAUUGCAUCUCCCAUCAUCUCUUCCAACUUUUCUCAAGCUAGCGUGCUGAAGAUGCUACAAGCUGCCAAGGACUUGGCCUCCUCCACAAAUAUGGAAAGUUCCCUGGAGAGUGAAACCAAGGCAACAGGGUUAUGGGUACCUGCAGGUGAUAACAUUGCCAGUGAUCUUCCUAAAGGCCCAUUGCAGAAUAUCAAAGGAGCACAUUCCACCGAGAGGAGGCCUACUGCCAGCGUACCGCCUACCCACUAUCCAUCGUUGCUAAGACCUCCAACAUCGGUUUCACACCCACUCACAGCCAUCAGAACGUUUCCUGACAAAGAGACAGUCUGGCUGAAUCAGACCGUUACUAGAUACAAACACAGGCCAAUUGGCAAUCGUCUUUCUCCAAGAUCAACUGUAAACAACAUCCCACAUCCUAUUCGUCCUAGUGAGCUUCCCAUGCUUCCUCAACACAGCAAGGAAUUUGAUGAGAGAAAGAACAUGAUGUCUCCUAAUAUCCCGUUUAUUUACAGUGAUGAAUAUUUACAGGAUAUUUACAAUAGAAAAUAUUUCAGAAGGAGACUUCCCUUGCCUUGCAGGAAGUUAGCCCAUCCUACAGACACUGCCUCUGGUCAGAGUGGGUCACAGGUCACUAUCCUAAAACCUUCUGUUGGAAUGGAUGAGAAAUGGCUUAUGGCAAACCUGCAUCCUUCUGUUUCAUAUUCCAAGCAGGAGAACCAUAGGCCCUGCAGCAGGUGUUACUCUGGGCUGCAGCCAGAGAAAUUACCCCUAAUGACCAGGCGAUCGUCAUACAUCAGAGCAACAAAGGAUGAGGAGGAAACCACAAGAUUUCAGGUCAAACUAGGAAAUUUGAAGUCAGGGUCACAAGGAGAGGUCACUGGGCCAUUCCACAGUCAUGACAGUGAGAUUCUGAAACCUGAUAGGAAAACUACCAAUGUCAAGGAAGGAUUCCCAGGCCACAGGAGGCACCUAGACCUCAGUACACCCAGAAAGCUCAAGUAUUCUCUGUCUGCCAGGCUUCCCUCCUACAGAGAGGCCUGUCUGCAAAGCUCAGCAAGUCUGAGAUGUGCCUCCCUAGCACUGCAGCACCAUUCAUGGCCCAGGCCCUCUCUGUAUGUCUGGCAGCAGAGAUGGGGCUCACAGCACCACCGCUGGUUGGCUGGCUCUGGGGACAGCUCCUGUGACAGAAGCAUUCACAUGAAGUACUUGGAAAAAAAGACCAUGCACCAGGGCAGCACUCUGAGGCAUCCCACUGUUGGCACAUGCAAGACCAUCCAUCGUGGAACAAGAGCCACAAGCAGCUUUAACUUGGAGUUGAGAAGCGCAGAAGACAAUUCCCCUCGUUUGAGAAAAUGCGCGAGGAUUUUAAGCUUGGAAUCUGAGGUAUAGAAGUCAAUAAAGUUCAGAGCUGACCAACAGGAUGGAAGCUAUUUUGAUUCAGAGAACUCCCUCCUUUUCAAUGAGUUUAAAAGACUUAACUCAAUGAUCAAAGUGCAACUUAACUAGCAAUGCAUCAGUUAAAAUGAUAUUUCCAGACCUUAUUCUUUAUCUACUUGCCUAUAAUACUACAACUUAGCAAAAAUCCCAUCGUGCUUCAAGGGUCUUAGUGGACAGACAGAACACGGAGGCGAAAGAUUUUGAAUUCAGGAAAGCAUAAAAGACAUUGACGACUGUACUCAGGACCAUAGCUCUCUUGGGACAAAAGCCUUCACCAGAGAAAUGAAGUUUUGUUUCUUUAAAUCUGAUAAGUAUAGUGUUUUGCAAUGUGAACAAAGUUUGUCUUGCCUUCAACAGAUUAGCAACCAAGCUUUAAGAAUAGCUUGAAUGAACUGUUGAGUGGUCAUCAAAAAACAUUCUCUGAUCGGCUAACAUGUAGACAUGGAUUACAAACCAUUAAAGUGCUUCAAGACUAUGGACUAUCCAAAGCACAGCUGCUUGUUACAUUAAUACCAAUGCAGGCAGAAUAAACAGCACCAACCUUAGCCAUGAUGUGAUCAGUGUCAGAGCUAUCUCUUUGCUGGAGAAGCUCAAAUCUAUUUGUUACCGAGGUUCUUCAGCACUAGGGAAAAGGUGCAGGGAUGUGUGGUCAGCACAAUGGCCCAGCCACUGUUCUCAACAAAGGCUCAAAAGUCUGGAAUAAUAAAGGGCUUCUUAUCUGACACAAUCCCAUGUAAAUUUAACCAUUCUUAGUCUGAAAUAAACAGGAGUUAAUGUUUCA